AUGAAGCGAUCAACCUCCUCCGUUAAUAAUAACCGAGAUGUUAAUUCAUCUCAGUCGAAACGUAUUCGAUCAAAUACACCAGUACGAUUAGAGGAGAAUUUAACUGAUCAUGUGAAUAAUGAUUCAAUGUCAUUUCAAAGUCAAAAGAAGGUCAUAAAGGUUAAAUCUCAAAAUUUACAAGAAAAAAUAUCUACUGAUGAGAUUAGUCAUGAUAAUAAUAAUUCGAUCAUCACUGCAUCAACACCAUCUGGAUCUAGUAUUUCUUUUUCUUCUUCAUUAUCAUCAAAAGGUUCAUCAUCAUCAUUAAAAAGUGAUAAUAAAAAAACUACUCGUAAGUUAAAUUCAUUUACGUAUUCACAAGAGAAAACUCCUCUUGCUACAAAUCAUGUUGCUAAUGCUUCUGUUCGUUCUGAAAACAACUCGUCGAAAAAGAUUUUGACUAAAGAUAGUAACAGAUCAGAUUCUUCAAAUAAAAAUUCAUUCGGUAAUUCUGGUCGAACAACAACAGAUUCAUAUUCACCUGCAAGAUCCGGAUCAGCUUCACCAUCUAAUAAAAUUCAAACAAAUAAAGCACAAAAUGCUUCACGUUCUUCAAUUACCAAUAAUUUGUUCACACCUAAUCAAUCAUCAUUAUCAUCAUUGAGUGAUUCAAAUUCUUCAAAUAGCACCAAUUUUUCUGUUUGUCCUUUAGUUGAAGGUUCUCUGGAAUAUAGAGAGCUAAAGCGCUUGUAUUUGGAAGAAAAAAAGGCAAAAGAAGAAUGGAAAAAGGAUUACAAAGUUUUGAAACAGCAACUAGCUCAUCUUCGAUCAACCACCAUUCCUCGACCAACAGCUGAAGUAGUUGAAUGGCUACAAGAGAUGCUUGAUUUAAUGAAUAAUAAAGCGAGUUUUCAAGGUGAUGGAAGAAGUUUAGAUAAAAUUAUUGAAGAUUUAAAACUGGAUGAAGUUAGUUUUAUUACAGUUGCUGCACGUACACCUCAAAAAUCAGCAUUAAAGCUUUUUCGUUUGCUUUAUCCUACAGUUAGUAGUCGAGCUAAUUGUGGGUCGAUUUCACGAGUACCUCGAGCACAACUAGAUAAUAUUUAUAUGUGUGUUCGUCAUAUUCAUAAAAACUUGAGUUUUAGUAAAACUGAAAUGAGAAAAGCAAUUGGAACUUCAAUCAGAAGUGCUAAAUGUGCAUUGCGUCGAGCUGAACAUACUCGACAACAAUUAUAUGUAUUGCAAAAUGAUGAAAAUCUUGAUCCGGAUGAGAAUGAUGAAAAUAAAAAUGCUACAAGUGAUAUGAAAACAAUUUUGGAUACAACUAAUGAUAUUACAGAUGAUGAUGAAGAGAAAAAAGAUGAAGGUCAUAAUGAAGAUGAUGAUGAAUAUGAAAAUAAAGAUGAAGGUGAAGAUGAAGAUGAAGAUGAAUAUGAAGAUGAAUAUUUUGAUAAAGUAAACAAUCUUAUGAUUGACGAAGCACUUGAUGAAGACGAUGAAGAUGAUGAUUGA